ACGAAGGGACCAGUACAGUGAUGUUGUGUAUAAUUUGCUCCAUAUCAAGUCGUCCAGGCAGGCGACAGCAUUUUUUACAUUUCAGUGAGAACGAGCCAAGUGUCCAAUAUCCUUUGGCUAAAUCUCAUUCCUAAUGUUGCUUUCUUUCAGGUUCCACUUCAAAAGAUGAACCAUGUGAAGCGGCGGCGCAGGCCACAAAAACCUACACGUUUGUCGGCAGACCACAGUUCAACAGCCCCCUCUACCGGGAUCAAAGCACUCUGCAGUCUAAGACUGAUCUCCAGACCAAGGCCAUGGAUACAACAGGAUCACCUGGAUUACAGAAGACCACCGCUACGUUUGCGAACACGCCAUGGCCAUUGUUCAGCAGCCCCUUCUACCAGGAUCAAAGUACUCUACAGCCUAAGACUGGUCUGAGGACUAAAGCCAUGGAUAAAACAGGAUUAUCUGAAUUAGAAAAGACCACCGCUACGUUUGCCAAGAUGCCACAGUUCAGCAGCCCCCUCUACCGGGAUCAAACAACUCCACAGCCCGAGACUGAUCAGGGGACUAAGGCCAUGGAUAAAACAGGAUAUCCUGGUUACACAGAGCAUGAUGGAGCCCACUACAAGGUGGUUAACCAAGCUUUGGCGUACAAUGAUGCUAAGAGGACCUGUGAUGCAGAUGGAGGCCAUCUUGCCGAUAUCAAAACCCAGGAGCUGCAGUACUUCCUCAUCGACAAGUUAGUGGACGCAGACAGAGCUUACUGGAUCGGGCUGAGGAAAACUUCUGAAUCAGGUGAGUGGCAGUGGUCUGAUGGAACCUUGCUGAGUAGUUGCAGCUUCACCAACUGGGCACCAGGAAAGCCCAACAAGAAGAAAGCACGCUGCGGACUACUCAAGGUACAGCAGGGGGGUACAGGUGUCAGCUGGCGUGACAGGAGCUGUUCUGCGGGGCACAGGAGCUUCAUCUGUCAAAUCGAACCAGUUGCAGCAGCAGAAUGUAAGGAGGGAAAUGGGGCCUCCUACCAGGGAACAGUCGCUGUGACCAAAACAGGCAGAAAGUGUCAGCACUGGAGCAGUCAGACACCUCAUCAGCACAUCUACACCAAUCUGGUGCACAACUACUGCCGGAACCCAGACGGGGAAUACGAAGUUUGGUGUUUCACCACUGAUCCUGGCACAAUAUGGGAGUAUUGUGACGUACCAACAUGUGGCAAGGCCACACUGACUUAAAGAUUUGAUGGGUGACAUCCGCGCGCGCAUUACUUUUUGCCUACUGUAAAAAAAAUCCUCUCCACGCAAGUCCAGAACUUGCCGCAUUGCCACAUAAAAGCAAGAUAUGUCGGUUUGUGUAAUACUCGUUAUGCACUACCACAAAAUGUGAUUAUUAUGUCAGACUGCUAUAUAUGAGUAUUCUCAUCAUCAUAUAUCAUUCAUAAUAAUAGUGCUUGGAGCCAUAUAUACCAGGUCUCCUAAUAGCGUACUUCUUUGGUAGUUCUUGUAAAUAUAUCAAAUAUCGAUUACUUCAGUUACAUCAUAUAAAACUGCUAGGAUGAACAGGACAGCCUACAUAUGCCUCCUACAAAUAAGUCUUGUUACUUCGUUUGAGACAUGUACACUGUGUUCUGUGGUUCAAUUCGAAUUACCAGCUUUGUAGGCCUGUGGUUUUACAUUAGUCUUGGGGUCUUCAGAGGAUAUCAUCCAUAAAAUUAAGUCAGUGUGGAUUAAGGUCUGAACCUGUAAGCUUUUGAAAGAGUGAUAGUGUUUGCACCAUGCAUAACAUAUUACAUUUAUGAUUUCAACUUAGCAAUCUAGUAAUCAAGGCAUUUGCAGCUUAGAUACAGAUGAACAAUAAACUUGAAAUUCAACCAAAUUCAUCCGAAAUGUACAUUUUCAUUUUUCAAACUUCAUGAAUCAUAAGAAUUGGGUUCGAGUUCCACAAACUCUUGCUUCUGCUCUUUUAGAGCCCCCAGCAGCAUGUUCCUAACCUGCACGUGUGAUUCUGCGGUGCGAAAUAUGUCAGUAGCUUGAGGAAUGAGUACGAGUCCAUUCUAUAUGGCUAUUUGAGUUUUGUUUCUUUAUUUCCAUGGUAGUAACAUUAUACAGAUGACAUCUCUACAACAGUUUCCAUGCAGUGACGGAAUAAUUCAACUUUUAAUUCUCCUGGAUACAUACUGUCAUCGUGUCGAGAGACAAAAUGCAUCUCUUCAAAAAUCAUAAAUAUUCUGUACACGUAUGUACAUUUUCUUGGAAAAUUUCCGACUGGUCUUAAUAAUACACAAAUCAACAACAGUACAAAUACUGUCCCUUGUGUACAUACAUGUC